ACUGACCCCUAACUCCUAGAGAUCUGAAGAAGCUCUGUUCUGCCGAGGUGAAAUUGGACUCUCGUGGAGCUUCAGCUCAAUUGUGGACCCAAUAUUUGUUGACUUAAUGGUUUUUUACGUUUAGUUCGAAAAUUUGGAGCUGUUGUAUCUGAGUCGUGAAAACUGAAAGGGAGUGAAGGAAAAUAUGGGUGAAAAGUUUUGGGUGAAAGAGGAAGACAAGGCUAUGGUUGAAUCAGUAUUGGGUGCUGAAGCAUGUCAGUUCUUGAUAUCUUUGGCUUCUAAGAAUAUCUUGUCAGAGUUGGUUUCAACUCCUCCCAGCGAUUUGGGUGUGCAGCAGUGCCUCUGCCAGAUUGUGGAAGGGUCCAAUUGGAACUAUGCGAUUUUCUGGCAGUUUUCAAUGUUGAAAUCUGGUGGAUCUGUAUUGCUCUGGGGUGAUGGGCACUGCCGGGACAAUAGGGGUGAUGAUGGGAGUUCUAAAGGGGAUGGAAAAUCAAAGGGAGAUCAGAAGAAAGGGGAGUUAAAGAAGUGUGUGCUCCAGAAGUUGCAUGCAUGCUUUGGUGGGUCAGAGGAGGAUAAUUUUGCUGCAAAGUUGGAUGGUGUAACAGACAUGGAGAUGUUUUACCUUUCUUCAAUGUACUUCACAUUUCAUUGUGAUGCAAAAUAUGGUCCAGGGGAGUGUUACAAGUCAUGUAGGUCAAUUUGGGCCUCAGAUGUGAAUAGUUGUUCGCAACAUUAUCAUGCUAGAUGGUUGUUAGGAAAAUCAGCUGGAUUGCAAACAGUGUUGUUUGUACCUUUUAAGUCUGGGGUGGUGGAACUUGGCUCCAUCAAGUUGGUUCCCGAAGACCAGAACAUUGUGGAGAUGGUCAGAACUACAUUUGUUGGAUCUAGUUCUGCACAAGCAAAGCCAUUUCCCAAGAUUUUUGGAAGGGAACUAAGUUUGGGUAGUUCAAAAUCAAGAUCAAUCAGCAUUAAUUUUUCCCCAAAGGUGGAAGAUGAUUCAGAGUUCUCAUUGGAAUCUUAUGAUGUCCAAGCAGUAGGUUCCAAUCAAAUUUAUGGAAAUUCUUCUAAUGGGAAUCGAAGUGACAAUGGUGAUGCAAAAUUGUUCCCACACCUCAACCAGAUCAUUAUUGGGGCUAAGGAUGACUCAUCAUCCCUACCUGAUGAGCGGAAACCAAGGAAGAGAGGAAGAAAGCCAGCCAAUGGGAGGGAAGAACCAUUGAAUCAUGUUGAAGCAGAGCGGCAGAGACGAGAAAAGCUUAACCAGAGAUUUUAUGCAUUACGGGCGGUUGUCCCAAAUAUCUCUAAAAUGGACAAAGCCUCUUUGCUCGGUGAUGCCAUCACCUAUAUCAAUGACCUGCAAAUGAGGAUUAGGGUAUUGGAAGCUGAAAAGGAUAUGGUAAACAAUAAGCAAAAACAGUUGUCAAUACCUGAUAUAGAAUUCCAUCCAAGACAUGAAGAUGCUCUGGUAAGGGUUAGCUCCCCAUUAGAUUCCCACCCUGUCUCUCGAGUCAUACAAGCUCUCAGGGAAAACCAAAUUACAGCACAGGACUCUGAUGUGUCUGUGACUGACGAUAGCAAUGUUGUUCACACUUUCACAAUCCGAACUCAAGCUGGUGCUGCUGAUCAGCUGAAAGAGAAACUGGAGGCCACUCUUUUGAAGUGACCUUGGCUGUGAAGCUGUGCUGAUAAGGUACAUCUUAAUGCUUGCCAUGGAUCUUCUUGUGAAAAGGUGGGACUCUCAUGUGCUGCCUGACUGAUUAGCAACUUUCUGUCUAAUGAUAUGUAAUUUAAUGCUUUCAAUUAAAUUUGUUUUGUUGAAUAGCUGGAGAAUAGUAGGGACUCCUAUUGUGAUCUUUGUUGAAUUUCUGAGUGCAAAACUUCUUAAAUUGUUAACACAAGAAGAGCAUUCCAAAGUUUUAACUUUUCUUCAUUUCUUUUCUGAGUUUCUCUGUGGGCUAAAAAAGCAUGUACCCCAUAUGCAGACAGUUGAAAUUAGAAAUUCCAUAAGUUGUUUCAGUAUGUCUUACUGUUCCAAGAUAUGUAGAUGAUGUUUUGAUUCCUUUUAGCUUGUUUUUGCAUAUUUGGAGGCUGAAUGAACUUUUCUGAAUUUU